UUUGGGGAAGGACCAGAUGGCGGUCAGCUCUGUGGGAGUUUAGAAUGGAUCGGGGUUUCUGAAUCUCCACUUGCCAUGCUCGUGGAGCCCCAAGUCGACCUUGCUGUUACCAUGAGCUGUGGUGGGGUGUUAUGUGACUAUUCAUUGGAGGGAUUUGCGUCAGCCACAUUGGAAGACAACUCGUACGAGCUGGUGCAACAUAGGUAA